AUGUUGAAUACUAGGCCUCAGGGGAAUUUUCCUAGUAAUAUAGUGGUUAAUCCAAAGGAGCAGUGUCGGGUAAUUACUUUGAGAAGUGGGAAACAGUAUGAGCAACUUGAACCAAAGGAGGCAGUAGAGAAGAAGAAAGAAAUGAGGGAGAAUUAUGAUUCAGUUGAGUUGGAGGUUAUUGAAGACCUUCAUUCCAAAGAGGUGUCUCCACUAAUUACUUUUGAGCAUCACAUCAGGAUUCCUUAUCCUCAGAGGCUUUGGAAAAGCUCUCUUGAUAAACAUUUUUCAAAGUUUCUAGAGGUAUUUAAGAAGUUACACAUCAAUAUUCCCUGUGUUGAAGCUUUAGAGAAAAUACCCAGUUAUGUAAAAUUCAUGAAAGAGAUCUUAUCAAAGAAAAUGAAGAUGGAAGAUUAUGAAACUAUAGCGUUAACAAAAGAGUGCAGUGCCAUAUUGCAAAGAAAGCUUCCCCAAAAGCUUAGAGAUCCAGGGAGCUUUACUAUACCGUGCACUAACGGAAAUUUUGAGUGCAAGCAUGCCUUGUGUGAUUUGGGGGCAAGUAUCAACCUGAUACCCUUAUCUGUGUUCCAUCAACUUGGGCUAGGAGAAGCAAGACCCACCAUGGUUACUCUACAAUUAACAGAUCGAUCAGUCAAGCAUCCUAGGAGUAUUAUUGAGGAUGUGUUAGUGAAGGUUGACAAGUUCAUAUUUCCUGCGGAUUUCAUUGUUUUUUAUAUGGAGAAAGAUGCUAAUGUCCCUAUUAUCCUUGGGAGACCAUUCUUGGUCAUGGGGCAAGCGUUGAUUGAUGCUCAAAAGGGUGAGUUGAGGCUACGAGUUCAAUGGGAUGAAGUGGUGUUUAAUGUGUUUAAGUCAAUGGAAUACCCUCAAGUGAGUGACAGUUGCUUCAAUAUUGAUGUUGUGGAUGGAACAGUGUCUGGUACUAGUUUGGGAGGUGACCCUCUUAACAUAACAUUGACUAAAGCUGAUGUGGAGAACGAGGAUGGUAAAGAGGUCAUGGAGUAUGUUAAUUGGGUGAACUCUAACAGACCAUAUUAUGGGAGGAAAUUUGAAGAGUUGGGACAAGGGCCUGACAUACCAUUGCCCUUUAUUGAGAAGCCACUGACAUUAGAACUGAAGUCCCUGCCAGACCACCUUCACUAUGCAUAUUUGGAUGAGAAUGAGACUUUACUAGUGAUUGUGUCUUCUUCUUUUUCUAAAGUGGAGGUGGAAAAAUUGUUAAGAGUACUCUGGGCACAUAAGUUGGCUAUUGGGUGGACAUUGGCAAACAUUAUAGGAAUAAGUCUGUCAACUGUUAUGCAUAGAAUUCUUAUGGAAGAUGAUAGCAAGCCAUCCAUUUAA